UCUGGGUUUGUUGCUCGGUAGGUGUGACCGGAGCCAGUCCGCGUUUCACCCCUUUAAACUCCCCUCCCCAAAAAAAACCCAACACAACCUGCUGUGUGAGGAGGCUGGAGAAGCUUUACAAUGAGCUCCGAGCACCAGAGCGACAGCGAGGACGCCGACGAGUCUCAGCAAAGGCCUGACAACACUGCCUCCGACAAAGAGGGAGACCCGGACGACAUCGACGACUCGGAGGAAGAGGAGGAUGACAUGGCUCGGAGGGUUUCUCCUUCUGCACCGGGGAGCAGCAGGCAGGAGCAGCCGGAGCAAAGCGCACGGUCCCCGGCUGCAGAGGAGCGAGAGCCGGGCUGCAUGCAUGAGAGUGUCGGUGGUAGUGGAAGUGGUGGAAGUGGUAGUAGUAGUGGUGGCACAGAUGUCAUGAGUCUGUUCUCCUGGCUGCAGAACAGGACUAUUAGACGUGGUGUGUUUGUGGACCCAGCUAGAGAUAACUUCAGGACAAUGACCAGCUUAUAUUGCUCAAUGAAUCCGGCUGCAGAGUCAGUCAACCUGAGCACCCAAACACACGGAGCGGUGUUCAACCUGGAGUACUCCCCGGAUGGGUCUGUGCUGACUGUGGCCUGCGAGCAAACCGAGGUCCUGCUGUUUGAUCCCAUCUCGUCCAGACACAUCAAAACCCUGACGGAGGCCCACGAGGACUGUGUCAACAACAUAAGGUUUCUGGACAAUCGUUUGUUUGCCACCUGCUCAGACGACACCACAAUUGCAUUAUGGGAUCUCAGAAAGCUGAAUUCAAAGGUUUGCUCGUUGCACGGCCACGCCAGCUGGGUGAAGAACAUCGAGUACGACACCAACACGCGUCUCCUCGUCACGUCUGGCUUUGAUGGCAACGUCAUCACAUGGGACACUAACAGAUUUACAGAGGACGGCUGCCCGCACAAAAAGUUCUUCCACACUCGAUACCUGAUGCGAAUGCGUCUGACACCCGACUGUUCCAAGAUGCUCAUAUCCACUUCCUCAGGGUAUCUGCUCAUCCUCCACGACCUGGACCUCACCCAGUCCCUCGAGGUGGGCAGCUACCGCAUGCUGCGAGCGCGACGGACUCCCCUCAGCUCAGACGGAGGCACAUCAGCGUCCAGGUGGGCAGGAACUCCUCGUCAGGGAAACGACUCCAGCAAGCUUCACCCACAUAGAGAAGGCCUUUCUCCCAGGAACAGCCUGGAGGUUCUGACUCCAGAGAUCCCAGGAGAACGGGACCGAGGGAACUGCAUCACCUCCCUGCAGCUCCACCCGAAAGGCUGGGCCACGCUCAUCCGCUGCUCCAGCAACAUGGACGACCAGGAGUGGACGUGUGUGUACGAGUUCCAGGAGGGAGCGCCCACCCGCCCGCUGGUCUCCCCCCGCUGCUCACUCCGCCUCACCCACUACAUCGAGGAGGCCAACGUUGGGAGGGGCUACAUCAAGGAGUUGUGCUUCAGCCCGGACGGACGGCUCAUCUGCUCUCCGUACGGCUACGGCGUCCGCCUGCUGGCCUUCGACGAGCGCUGCGGCGAGCUGGUCGACUGCCUGCCCGUCCAGACCAGCUGCCUCAGGGAGAUCCGCUCCAUCUACUCGCACAGCGACGUCGUGCUCACCACCAAGUUCUCCCCGACGCACUGCCAGCUGGCCUCGGGCUGCCUCAGCGGUCGAGUGGCUCUCUACCAGCCUAAGUUUUAGCAUCCGGUGCCGUCAGAGAACGAUUGCGCUGCAGACCUGGGUAUAGAAGUAGUUAAAUCAUCAGGGUUCCUGCACAAAUCUGGAAAUAUAUAAAAGUAUUUCAUGUUUUCCCUGUUUGAUAAGUUGCACAAAAGUUGCAAAAAAAAGUCAGUAAAAAUGUAGAAAAGUAUUGCACUGCCCCUUUAUACUGUUUAUGCAACUACAUAUUUUCUAGGAUUUUUGACUCCUCUCAUUUAAUAUGCAGAUAUUUAUUGUGGAAAGAGUCUCCUUAGUGUACUUUGGUAUAAAUUAUAUUAAAAAUAUUAAACAAAAAUCUCCAAAUCUUAAACUAUUGGAACCCUGAAUUCUCCAGCAUUUGUUUUAAAGUGCUCAUUUGUCCAGAUGGGCGGAGUUUACUGCAU